CUGAGUUUUCCACUUCCCAGGAACACUGACACAUCCCUUGUCUUGCAUGACCGAGGCUCCCUGCAGUCAGGCUGUGGCACAUCUCGUGCAGGCAGUGAGGAGAUACGGGGAAAACACAAGGAAGCCUGUCUGCAUCCACGUAUCCAGUUGUCCUGUUACCCAAAAUAUAUUUGGGAACUUAACUAGCAGCGAAGUCUAGACAGUCAUCAACUACAAUAAAUUUUUUUUGAGCUGAAAGCAAUGGCAGAUUUCGCUGGUAAGACAGAGAUUUUCUGCCAGUUAAUGGGGGAAAAAAACCGAGUUUGUUUAUCGGAAAAGAACCUGAGUGCAGUUUGUGACACUAUUUCUAGACAGUUGCUGCAGUUUUUUAAUGCAUUGUGUUUUUCUCAUGCCUCUCACAACAGCAGUGGACGUAUCCCUCAGGAGAGGACAGACGGUUUGCCGGGGUGGAACACAGCGACCAUGCUACAAAGUCGUUUAUUUUCAUGAUGCUUCACGCAGGGUCAGCUAUGAGGAAGCACACCUCGCCUGCAGAGCUGACGGUGGACAUCUAGUCAGCAUCGAAACAGAAGCAGAGCAAAGACUGAUUGAAAAAUUCAUUGAGAGUCUCUUAGCUUCUGAUGGAGAUUUUUGGAUAGGGCUUAGGAGGAAAAAGGAGAAGGUAGACAAUAGUACGGAGUGUCAGAACCUCUACUCCUGGUCAGAUGGCAGUUCAUCCAAGUUUCGGAACUGGUAUGUAGAUGAGCCAUCCUGUGGGAGUGAAAUCUGUGUUGUGAUGUACCACCAGCCAUCUGCCCCACCAGGUGUCGGAGGUCCUUACAUGUUUCAGUGGAACGAUGACAGAUGCAACAUGAAAAAUAACUUCAUUUGCAAAUAUCCUCUUGAGAAACCAACAGAUGCUCCAAUAGAUAAUUCUCAAAGAGGUGCCGCAACAGAGCCGUUAAACCCAGUAUUCCCAGAAGAACGCCGUAAGAAAGACGCUAAUGUAACAGUUGUAGAAGCCAAAGGACCUGUUCAGAGUCUUGCCUACAUCCUUAUUCCCAGCAUUCCUGUGCUGCUUCUCCUGAUGGUCAUUACAGCCAUCUUCUGCUUUUGGCUCUCUGUGAAGAGGAGGCAGGAGCGAAUAGAUGCAAGCCCAAAGGAGGAAGAUGCAUGGCUGUCUAACCCCAGGAGGAACAGCCCAAAUCUGGAUAUUUACAAAGUAAUCAAGACGCAAUCAGAAGCAGAUCUGGCUGGAACCAGGCCUGACACUAAGAAUUCUUCCUUCCGGAUGCAGGAAGAUAAGGUGCUUGACAGCCUCUCCAGGGAUGAUGACGAUGCUGCAAUGAACACAUCAACCAGUGGCUUUGUGACCUUGGCCAGUACUGGCAGUGGCUUUGUGACCAACGAUAUCUAUGAGCUGUGCGGAGAUCGUGUGGGGAGGAGCCAGGAAUCAGCCUGGGUGGAGAAUGAGAUUUAUGGAUAUUAAGGAAAUGGACAAAAAAAAAAGCCUGGACUAUGGAUGACAAAGUGAAUAUCAGUACAAGCUGACCUGCCCGCCGUAUGCACGUGUUUUAACGUUAGCAUAUGUGAUGUAUAUCCUGGUUUUGCAUUGUCCCUAUAUUUUUCUCUUUUUUAAGAGAUAUGCUUUUUUUAAAGAUCCAGACUGAAAAGAAUGUGUAUAUUUUGCUUUGCAUCAAGCCCUUUGCUCCAGGAAUGGCUUGUUAAUACUGUUGAUUUUGGUUUACUGUUGGUUUUGGGGGGGUUUUUUUGGCACUCCAGAGAUUUGCCUUUGAAACUAAAAGACAAUCCAAAAUCCCUACUUAUUUAACUGACCUACUUAACUCUGACUUAACACAAAGGUGUUAAAAGUCAACCACUGUCACACCUGGAUUCUCAUAGGUGUCUGCUUCAUCCCCUUCUAGUUCUUACCACCAAGGCAGCGUACACGAGUCACAGUGCAUAACCGCGUUAUUUAUGCCAUUAGGUUGGGUUUUAAAGAAUCCCAGCAAGUUCUUUGGUGUCACAAGGUGAGCUCUGCUCCCUCUCCCACUAGCAAAAGGAGUUGCAAAGCAAGGAACAUGGGGCUUCUCUGCAAAUAAAGGAAGGGAAUGGGGUACUCCAAAGCAUUCUGCUUUCUCUUGGGGAAUUACAGAAGCCUGUAAUUACAAAGAUGUGCUAAUUUGGCCUAAAUGACAAAUUGAGUACCACUUCCUCUCUUACAGGAGGAAUAACCAGUUGCAGUUUUAUUCUAGCUCUUUUUUCUCCUUGGGCCUAUGACAGAUACUGCAUUCCAUGAAGACUGACAUCCCGAUGUUAAUCUCCAUAGAGAUGGAAUUUAUGACACAGUAGUUGAACGUAAAGAAUUGGAUAAAAAACAGCAUUUUGACAGGUAAACUGAAGUGGCAUGCUAAUCACUCAUAAUAAAUUAUCUGGUUUCUAUUUACAGGGACUUCACAUAUUCCAGUAUGUAGAUUAAAGAAGUGUUAAGGUGAGGUACUGAGGACAGUCCACAGAAUUUCCUCUCUGGCAGCACAAGGGAAUGGCGUCUUAAUUUACCAUAGUUUUUAAGGCGUCAUUUUGAAGCCAAUAUUAGAUACCUCCCAUUUUCCUGCACCUUUGGAGGAGUAGAAAUGAAUGGCGGCAGGGCAUAGCAACUGCCACACAACUAAAUAUAAAUACAGGUGAAAUGAGACUUUUUCCUGUUAGAUAGGAACAAGCAGGAGCACGAAGCAACACUGUUUACCUCAGGGAAAAAAUUCAGAGUCUGUGAGUCACUGCUGGACUCCUAAGGGAAAGAGACAAGAGACGAUCCUUCAUGCUAAGGGUUUUUUUUCAGAACAUUAUCUCUGUUUCUGUUAUCUGCAGCACAUGUAUUAAAGUUGUUAAGAAGCUAGGAGGAAUCAUUUGCCAUGGAAGUGGGAUGGAGGACCUGUCCGAAUGUCUGCAGAAACAACUUCAGGCUGGAGUUUUAUCCUCUCUGAGGUGUAUAGAGUCAGACUGGGCUAACGGGAUAUUUUAAGAGUUUUUGCACUGAGUUUAAAUUUCUCUUGAGUGAACAGAUAAUGUAUAGUUAUUUUAGUCAACUGCACAUAAAUAUGAGAUCCAUGAUGUAGGAAGGUAAAGACACCUGUGGUGAACUGUUCCAAGAUCAACUGAAUUUAACUUGGUCAUUGGUAUGUUUUAAUACUUCAAGAGACCCCUUGUAUCACAAGAAUAAGGAAUGUAUAUUGGAAAAGAGAGAAAGGUGGUCCCGUGCAUAUCAAAAAAAUUCAGAGCGCUGUCUUUUCUGCUUGGGAGGAUAAUGUCAUUUAUUACUGUGAAUGCAGAAAGGCAACAAAAUGAAAAGUUGGGUGCCAAAUAUUUUCUUUAAACUGCACUCGCCUAGCUGUGGUUUGGUGAAGAGACACCUGGGCUUACCCACAGCAAGCUGAAUACUGCACAACUUUACUUGGAAUCAAGAAGGUGCAGAAUUUGCCCGCCGGCAUGGAUUCUUAAGUAACUAGAUGUCUUUGAUUUUGAGCUCAUCACGUGGACAAGUUUUCAUCUUCCAUGCAUUAGACAGAGGACUUUCCAGCAUCUCCCUUAUAAGCUUGUAAUUUCCUAUGCCAUGUAAUGCAGAGAGCAUCACUGUAUACGUUUGCUGGGAAGAACAUAGCAAAGGGGACACGGGAGCAGUGCUGACAACCUGGGAUUGCAAUUAACUCGGUUUUGGCUAGGGCUUUCUGAUACGUAUUUUGUUCAUGUGACAUAAAUGUUUGUCUCACAGUUAAAAGGACUCAGCGACCUUCACGGGAGCUUGGAGCUAACUCCUGUGGCAAGGUCUGUGCACUGCUGCAUUUGUCAGUGCAGCCAAGUGUAACAGGAAUCUGGAUAAAAACUGAGAUUCAUAUUGACUUGAAUGUGCUCAGAGCAAAUGUCAUGGGUUUGCUUUAGCCGAAUUCCAUUGUAAAAGUUACUUACAAGAAGUUGGAAGUACUUGCAAUUACCCAAGCUUUCGGAAAGGGAUAGGAAGGGAAUUCAGAUUUCUCCAAUAAGCACAUGCUCUUGGUCCCAUAAAGGACUCUUUCUGUAAGAUGUUUGAUGUUAAUACUGAGAUCUGAAAAACGGAAAAUACAUUUAUAAGUAAAAGAUUCCUCCCACUGAAAUGGACAGGCACAACCCAUGCCUGUGCUCCCCAGGUGCCUCAGGCUAUAGACGGACAACACAGCGUUGGUUUGCACGUUCUGCUUAUUAAAGGUAGUUGUCCUUACCUGAACGCGUUGGUGCUACAUGGACGUGUGGAGUCUGGAGCACAAGUUCUGAAGCAAGUGGUAGAUUCUAAGGUAAAGUCAGUGGCCAUGAAGUACUGAUAGCAACAGUUUGGGCACUGGAUUUUUUUUUUUUUGGUACAGAGCUAGUCUGAGUUUCUUAUGUGAAUUGAGUCCAGCUGUUAACACUGAAGUCGCGAAUAUGUUUAGAGGUUUGCAUUCAGAGCUGUACGGCUUCUUGCUAGGGAUCUUUGCAUGUUCGUAGCUGUGUGCGUGUACAAAGCACUGCGAAGCUAAGCCAUUAAGAUUUAUCUGCCCUGUCUGGUCUGGUAUCUCAGCUGUUUCAUACACUGGUUUAUAUAUUCUCAAGGCAAAUAUGUUCAGCUUUGAGUAAACCAGCACAUUUUGUUUUGUCUGCAUUUACUCUAUUUUCAAUUAUUCCAGCAAUGGAGCUGUUCCUUAAAAAUGGAGUUUUAUUUGAUUGUAUCCCAUUGAACCAAGAAGGGGGUGCCAUGUAGAGAACCAAGUACAUUGAAUGUUGGAAAGCUGGACAUCUGCACUGAAGAAAAUAAAGCAUUUAGGACAUUAUUGUGUACCUGGA